UUUUUGCACCAAACAAACAAAAUAGCGGUGAGUAACGAGUUGAGUUGAGGAACGAGUUGCGAAGGAGGAAGAAGAGGAAGAAGAUGAGCGAAACAAGGCCAGUUCCUCGGAGAGAGAGUCCAUGGGGAAUCACAGGAGAGAAUCAUCCCGAACCUAAAGCUCAUCGAUGCAAUGAUCGUGUUGAAGAUGUUAUCCAGGCUUGCUUUGAGGGAAACCCAUUCAAGACUGUUCCAGGACCUUUCAAGCUCUUUUGGCAGUGCAUGCGUUCUAAACCUGGCGAGGAACCAACUGAGCCAUUUACCUAUUUGGAUUUGGAUCCUCCAAAGAGAGAGCCCACAAAGCUUGAGUAGUGCCUCUUUUGCAAAUGCCUCGAGAACAACAUUGACAUUGCAUGGUCUUUUUGUUGUGUCAACCUUUUUAUUCAUGUUGUGAACAGGGUUAUGCAAAGAUUAUAUGUAAGUAAUUGUCUUUGUUGCUUACUUUGCGUUGCAAAAUAGACAUCCUUUGUAUUUGUUCUACACUUCGAUGUACUUGCCCAAUAAACGUGGUCAGAGCUUUGUUUUUGAAUUACAUGAUAGUCUAUUAAUUACUUGUAUGAUGUUAUAAAUUCCACCAGUUUAUGUUGGCUGGAUUAGUUUC